AUGCACGUUUAUUUCAUCCUGCUAGUGUUCGCUGCUGCAGCUAUCGUUGGCAUUGGUAAUGCUAAGGUAUCAACAACGAUCGAGCUGCUAUCACCCACUGUCUUGUCGGGAGCUCGAGAUAAAGCCCAUAUCACUGAUACCGUUAAGCGGUUUUUGCGCCGACAUGAGCCUUUUGAAAACGAGGGCAUCGUGCAAGACAAAAACAAAUGUAUAGAAGAGCGAUUUGCCCUAGUGCGUACUACGGACAGCCUUCUCAAUCCGAAACAACUCGACGCCGCACUUUACAAUAAACCGCUUCGUAAAGCUCUACUCAAAAGGUGGAUUGCGGCAUCCGUGGAUGCCAGACUACGUGCCGUUUCCAAGUUGGCCACCGAUUGGAGGUACAGGAAGUACGCGAGGCUCGUUACUUCCUAG